AUGGAUAACUUGUGCAGAGAAUGCAAUAAAGUAACGGUCCACAAAUGCAGGAGAAGAAGACAGAGUAAAAGGCGCAUUCCAUCAGUCCGCUCUUCGAUUCCGCCUGAGCUCGAAUCCCUGAUAACCGAGCUCAUAAAUGAUGAAGUAAAAUACGUGCAAAUGCUGAAAGACUUUCUCCACAUGGAAGAUGUCUAUCGAAUGGACGUACCCUUCAGCCAAAGAAACAAUUUACUCUUCGAAAGCCCCUCAUUUUUGAUGCCAAUUUACAAGCUUCACCAGAAUUAUCUCCUUCCUCUUCUUCGGACUGUCCAAACAUGUGACCAGUAUGAAAGACUUGCCUUUGGGAAUCUUUUCUAUGCACUUGAGCUUUCUUCCACGGCUUACACUUCAUACAGGCGAUUUAUUGCAGAGGCUUCAAAAAGAAGAUCUCAUGUUAAAGAGCUUUUGAGACAAGGAGAUGCUCCCGGCUUCUCAAAAACGCAGCUAGAGAGCUACAAAGAGUUCCACAGACAAGUGCAAAGACGACUCGUUGACUAUACCGAUUUCGCUCAUCAUUAUUUCAAACUCAUUCCUGCCGGCCAUCCGGAUAAAUUGAAAUCGGCACUUGCAUUUCUUGACUUGCUUCGGCUGAAAAAUUCAACAAACUUGCAGUCGAUUUUGCAAAAUUCCGGCGGCGGGUCUUUAGAAGGCUAUGACGACAAUUUGAAUGAUAAAUAUCUAUCAAGCUUCAGGACUCUUUUUCUAUCGGAAAAAAUUAAUGAAAAAUCAUUUUUGCAAAUUGAACAGUCGACUGAUUCUAACGAAGGCUGCCUGCUCAAAGACCUAUUGCUCGCAGCUCACGAUGUUACUGAAAGCCUUCUCGAUCUUUGUUUUAUAAAGCGGCACAUUCCAGAUCUCGAUCCGAGAAUACGAUCGACUCUUUUUGGUCAAUCAAAGACGCAUGAAACUGCUGUCGAAGAACUUGCUGUUCUGUUUCGAUGCUGGCUUGAGCCUUCUAUAAGAGCUUGUGGAGUCCUCAAGCUUUCAUUUUGCGGGGUCAAGGAGAUUGCAGAGAACUUGAGGGAACUUCUACGUGAACCGGGGUCAUCGUUUUUCAGAGUAUCACUUUAUCGAUUUGAAUAUAUUGAAGAAAAUAUUGCGCAAAGAACGAAGCUUAUUGAGAAAUUGAAUGACUUUCUGAGCAAAUUUGACGAGAAUAUUGACCACUUAUUCGGAUGUUUUCUUCGUCUUUCCGAGAACAUCGACAAAAAUGAUCCGCUAAAGCUCUCAACUUUCAAUUCUGUUGUCGAUCUUUUGGAAACUUUCUCUCGCUUCAAAGCUUUUAAAUUCAACAACCAAGAUAUCGUUGAAAUCGAUGUCUUUGGCAAUGUCCAUUUGGAAGAUAGAAGAGACAAUCUUUACGAAAGAAUCGACGAUUUCGGAUUUUUGCGGCGGGAAAAAAGCAAACUCCGAGAUUUCAUUGAAGAAAUUGCAUUCAAGCCAGCAUCAGGCGAUAUUUACAUCAAAAGACGAUCUCACUGUGAAAAACUUUGCAAGGAAAUUUUGGCGACCGAAAAGAAGUACAUCUCCGAUUUGACAGAAAUCUGCAAAUUGAAAAGAAAGUUCGAAAAGCAUCGGAAAAUGACGAACUCGCAUGAAACAAGAAUUCUCUUCGGGGCGCCUGGAUCCUUGGAAAGAAUUCUACUCCUCCAUGAUGGCAUUGUUGAACCACUAAUGAAAAUCGCCGUCUCUCAGAUUGAUACAAAUGGAUUCGUCAUGGGCCGAUUAUUUUCAGUGCUGAAACCAGAUGAGUACGUCUUUUCAAUUUACGAAGAUUUUUUCAAACAGCAAAAUGACCGGUCAAAAAUCAUCGAAAGACUUCUCGACGAAGUUCGUGAAGAUGAUGGCUUUUCGAAGCAGAAUCUGAUGACUUUGAAUUCGAAAAUUAUCGUUUUGAUGCAACGGCUCACUCGCUACGAUCUCUUAUUCCGCGACUAUCUCAAAUGUCUUCCCGAAGAUCACUUCGAUCACGAAGAGGCAGAAGAAGCGCUAGAGAAGAUCAGAAAAAUGGUCAAGAAAAUCAACGAGUUAGUUCGAGUAGAGCAACAUCACGAGCACAAAAAGAUCUUGAUCGAAAAGUACGGGCAUAUACUGGCGCCGAACAAGAAUAAAGUUCAAGAAAUAAUGCGCUGGGAGCUCUACAAAUACGGAAAGGUCGACUGCCCGAGCAUAAAUAAGACCAACGUCGACUUGAUUAUAAUACAGCCGCGAAAUCAUCGCGAUUCUGGGGACUUUUUCACUAGAACUUCUUCCAACGAAGUCCCCGACGAAGAUCUGAUCGUUUUCCUCGGAGAAGCGACUCGAAAACACCAAAAAACUCAUCUCUCUCUUCCUGGAACAUGCAUUUUAAGAGCUUCGGUCAAACCUUCGUCACUGAAAUACGAAAAGUCCGAUUUCCCGAAAGUUUUGAUUGGGAAGCCAUACACAAGUCAAAACUUCGGAAAGAUCGAAGUCUUCGAUCACACGAAUUGCGAACGCAAAGAAAGAGCGCGUCUUUUUGAACGAUAUGAAAAUAAUGAUCGAAAUGAGGCUCUCUCAAUUUACAUCAAACAUGACUACAUAAUGCCCUACGACGAGAUGUUUGAGCGAGCAGAGUGCUGUGGCAUAGUUCCAGUAAGAAUAUCGUCUCCAUCGACCAACAAACUUCAUCUUUCAUCCUUCAAAUUCUCCAAGAGAUGGAUUGCUUUACUAGACUACACAAACGACGGGAUCAACUCUUUCUGGGCAGUUUUAAUUCGAAAUUCGCCGGGCGAUCAUCCUAAAUUCGACGUUUUUGUGAGCGAAAUCCGGCCAGAGACGGAAUUCAAGCAAGAGAAAAGCUCCAAGGAAUUUUCCUACUGUAGUCCUCAGCAUAGAGUGACCUUCUAUCUGGAAUCUCACUCUGAGCAGCAGAUAUGGUGUGACGGUUUCAGACGCGCCUAUCAGAAAGCAUCAAAAAGGAGACAGAAGCGGACAACAACGACAACAUCUCAUCCUGAAUUCGAGUCCGAGUGCUCCUCCGGACGAAACUCCAAUAGAAAUUCUUUGAUUAUUUGA